AUGGCAAUUCCUGGCGUUGAGUAUAUCGUGCCCCCGCCGGGCUCCGAGCAUGAUCUUGAUGCGAGCCCUGAGAGCCAGAGAGGCCAGAGGGUAUUCAAGAGGCACAAGAUACUACCGCAUCCCAGGAGCGCAAAUGGGAGCUUCUCUGGCGGGUCGGACUCGACGAGAACAUCCCAGAGAGGCACCAACGCUGAGUCACGCACCGAAUCCUUCAAGACUGCGAGGGAGAGUCCCGAGCCCUCAGAUGAAGAAGACGGGCGGUCGACGCUACGUCCAGCCGCGCAAUCUGCAAGGACGUCCGAGGUCACUGUCCGACUUGUCAAAGGCAACACCAAUGGCAACGGCUAUGAAAAACAGAACUCGCAAAACCGUUCAGGCGUGGGACUAGGUUUGGGCUCCAGCUUGGUGGACGACCACAACCUCACACCGAAGGCUACAGGCGAAUUCACCAGCUUCGACGGUGAGUUCGGGAGCUCACCCAACGAUGUCGAACAGGAAUGGGACGACAACUUAAUGAGGAAUGUGACCGUGCGAAAGAGGCGGCCUAGCGCGCAUGUCAAUGUACAAAACCCCGAGGUCUUGGACGAUUUCACUGUCUCACCUACAAAUGCCACAAAAGCUGUGCGCGCCUUCCCGCUUCAGGGCAGAAUCCUUACCUACGACUCUCCCGACCCCAUGAGAAGCUUCACAGCCCCAGAAAAAACGAAUACGGAUGCAGCCACGAGUGCGGAUAUCAGGAGACUUUCAGGAAUGUCCUCCAAAUCGGCGGCUUCGACAGUAGUAGAAGCCAUCCUGGUCGGAACUCCCCCGCGACGGCAGAGGACCUUGCGCCACGUCAAGAGAGUCGAUGCCUUGCGCGAUUCAAUCUGGCAACCGUCGUCUGUAGGCUCAGCAUCAACCCUCAAUAGCAUCAGAUCCAGAAGGCAAUCUGCAGACCAGGCGAAGGAUGCAUUACGAGAGAGUUAUGCCUCCAACACUACAGUCAACUCUGUGGGCAGUCGAAAGGCUCGUCGUGAUGUCUGGAAGAAUGGAGGCAUUCCAGUAGUCGUCGUACCUGACCGGCAUUCAUCGAAUAGAUCGAGCAGUCGCGAGCGCUCUUUACGGUCAGCCAGCAGCAGAAGAUCAAAGAGUCAGAGUUUAGGCUCCAUACCUCUUGACAAGCUGCCUAAUGGCCAAGAUUUGACCCCCUACUUUGACCGUCCGCCUAGACGUGGUCAGUCGAUAUCAGAGUCGGAUGGCUCGACACCUGGAGAUCAGCGCACUAUGGACUUUCCUCCCAUUGUACCGCGAAGGGACUCCUCCUUGUCGGCACCAACCAGUCAACCUGGCAGCCGUAGCCAGUCAAGAGACGCAUCACGAAAUGGGUCCCGAGCUGGUUCACUAACUGCAGCGAGCCUCAGAGCUCACAAUGCCCUGCAAGCCAAUGGAGUACCUCAAAUGCCAGCAGCCGCACCCACAAGUCGAGUCAUAGUGGAGCCGCUGAGUGACCACGAACAGAGACAUCCACCUGUAGUCACUGUGCAAGCUGUUCCUUCCCUAGAACACCUCCAGUCAAAUAGCGACCAGGACAGAGUUGAAAAUCAUCAACCGCGACAGUCGGAGUCGAGAAUCGGGGAUCUACUACUCUCGGCCAAGGCUACGCCGUUCUCACAGGCUUCUGUAGAAACAAACGGGACGUCAGCAGCGGAUAUUGGGGAAGCCAGAGCAAUCAGCAUGUUCCCUCAUCAGAACAGGUCUAUUGUGAUGGUUGAUCACAGGCCGUCUGAAGGCUCUGAUGGCGACAACGGGAGUCAACUCACUGAAAGGGCGGGUCGGCCUACAAUUACAACCAAGGAGGUCGAUGGAGUCUCUGUGGAUGAGCCUGCGACACCUCUGGCCCAGCCGACGUUCACUUUGGACAGCAUUGACUCUCCCUUGCGGAAUCCUCGAGAACCGCCGGAGCCUCCUGCCAUCAAAUUCAUCCCAGCAACUCCCUCAGGGUUGACACCUGCAGAAGAGAAGACCAAAAUGCUAGGAAAUUUCUACGAUGAGUUGGAUGAAAAGCCGAUACGAGCACCUUCACUGGUACGACGGGCGCUGAGCAAAAGGCGACAUUCGUAUGCAUCCUACGGGCCCGCUCCAAGCCGUGACACUCGUCCUGGCUUAUUGGCGAGGACUUUGUCACUGAGCAGAAACGCACGCAAAGACACCGCAGAAAACCAUGUUGUGGACCGGUCACACAGCGAUUCGUUCCCACAUGAGCAGCCCAUGGAUGAAACUCGACUCCACCCUGACUGGCGGCCAUCAUACUAUGCGAGUCACUACGCUGAUGAUGGGGUGUAUGACAUGGAAGAUGGGGACGAAGAAGAGUAUUUGCGGUACCCAGCUAUUGACAACCGGCCCCCUCCACCAAAAAGGAGCCUCAGUGAGCGCAUGAAACGGACGUUUGCCAUCAUGCCGCUCGAUGAUGACGAUGACUUCGCUGCCGGUCCAGACAGAAGGACAAUCAGACGGACUCCCAGUGGGAAUUUGCGCGUCGUCAAACAUCGCGAAAGCGCGGGCUCCUUCCCCCAAAAAAAGGAUAGCAAAACGGAACGCCCCUCCACAGCCCCUGACGGGGACGGGCAUCGUCGGCCGUUCUGGUCCCGGACAAACAGCUUGAGCAGCAUAAGGGGCCACCACAACGGCGCUUCUGGAAACGGAAGUGCAGAUCGUGCAACCCCUCCCCGGACUUCUGAGACUAGAAGAUGGUCCAUGUCUCAAAACUUGGGAGCCUUGACAAGGCGACUAAGCGAUAAGAGGCGCGAAAAACGAAGCAACGAGCUGCGGAAGAAAAUCAGCGGUCCUCGUGAGGUCCGUGAUGGCGUGGUCGAUGUUAUUCGGAGGGACGGUUAUCGACAUGCGUUUACACAGCCGCGCAGGAUGUCCCAAAAGGUUGAUGGGCGUUGA